AACCAGUGAACUCUUCACACACUCAUCUGUCAUGUUUACUUGAGAAGUGCUACUGUGAAAACGUGGGUUAUUAUUGAGAGUCUCCAAUAAUACAUUGCAGUGUAAUCAACAAGCCUACGGUUCGGAAAUUUCACUUUCAUUCAUAUAUCAUUCCUCAUAUCUAACUUGAUUCAUAUAUCAUUCGAGAGGAUAUUAUAAAUAGUCAGAAGCGACGGUUUUAAACAGCGACUGGGUCUAUCUGAUAGCUCUGUCAACGUAAAUCAGUCUCCUGGGAUGACUGAAGCUUUCAAAAUUGAGAAGAAUGAUUCAGUUGGAAGGUAUGCUGUGACGAAACGGGACUACAAACCGGGUCAGGUGCUUUUCGAAGAACGACCUGUGGCAGUAGGACCCAAGUCGUGUUCACCAGUCUUAUGCCUGAGCUGUUACACACGAACAGACGGCUCUGUCCGUUGUGACAAAUGCGGUUGGCCUGUAUGCAGUCAGGACUGCGCAGGCGACCGGCUACACGCGCAGGCAGAGUGUGGGGUGUUCAGUGCAGCCUCGGUCAGAUUCCAGCCUGAAGAAGAUCCACAGUUGCCAAGUCCUCAACUGGAAUGUAUCACUCCGCUGCGAGUCUUGUUGACCAAGGAGACUGACCCAGAAAGAUGGAAGAAAGAGGUUUUACUGAUGGAGUCACAUAGUAAAGAGCGCAAAAAGAGUGAACACUGGAAUGUAGAGAAAGUGAAUAUUGUUGACUUCUUGUUGAAAAGAUGUAAAUUGGAAGGAAGGUUCAGCGAUGAAGAGGUUCAUUUUGUCUGUGGAAUACUUGAGGUGAACAGUUUCGAAGUGAGAACCACGUAUGGAGUGGCGAUUCGUGGUCUAUAUCCGAAUCUGGCCAUCCUAUCUCAUAAUUGUGUGCCAAAUACCACCCACAGUGUUAACUCCAAUGACAACUACAGGUUGACAGCUCGAGCCACAGUUGAUAUAAAGAGUGGGUGCGAACUGUUGACCACCUACACGCAUACCAUAGCACCAACCCUUUUCAGACGCGAACAGCUGUUGUUGUCAAAGUACUUCGAAUGCAGCUGUCGACGAUGCGCGGACCCCACAGAGCUGGGUACUCACAGCAGUUCGCUGAAAUGCACCAAAUGUGACAACGGACUCAUCAUGUCCGUCUCUCCAUUGAAUGCAGAGUCUGAGUGGAAAUGUACACACUGUCCGUUCACGCUGAGCGCCGAUCAAGUGACGCGCAUCUUCAUGACAAUCCAAGCGGACAUAGACGGCCUGGAAACCAUGCCCAACGCAGAUAGCACCAUUGAAACGGGCGAAAAGCUGCUGAGGAAAUAUCGCAGUGUUCUACAUCCGAGACAUGCGUUCAACACGACAAUUCGCCACUGCCUGGUGCAGUUGUAUGGCCGAGUCGCUGGCUACACUUUCGACGACUUGCCUGACAUUCUGUUGGAGCACAAGGUCGACCUUUGCGAGAGGAUAAUGGAGGUGGCCGAUGUUAUUGAGCCUGGCUAUAGUCGGCUGAGAGGACUGAUACUGUAUGAACUUCAUGUGCCAAUGAUGCUGUUCGCCAGAGCUCGAUUUGAAUAUGGAGAGAUCAAUAAGGAAACGUUUUGUGCAAAGAUGGAACAAGUAAUCAAAAUCUUGGAAGAAGCCACUGCCAUAUUGAUCCUAGAGGAUGCAACUACUUCAGAAGGAGCUAUAGGUCUGAUGGGUCAACAGUCUCUGGAGCAAUUGAAAUCGUCUCUUGCGGUUGUCAAGUCAUCAGCGGAUUAAAGCCUCAUAAUAAUUCAUUUAUUCAUUCAUUGUAUGGAAAAUUAUAAUAUCGGAAUGAAAAAAUAGGCGCCAGCCCAAAACUUCUUCUGUUCAUAAUUUUUUUCCAAUAAAAUGUUGAAAGCA